CGUUAGUAGCAGUCAUUCGUCUUGGUCCGGAGCAACCUCAGACCCCCCAUCAUCAGCCGGCGAAAGACGACCUUCGCGAAGAGCAUUGACCGCGCACAUGCAGGCAAGUGGCGAGCGCGCUGAUGACGUCACAUUGUCGUCUCGUGGACUUCCUGGUUUCACGCUCAGUCAAGAAAUCCGUAGGACGAGACAGAGAGCGAGAGGAAGCCUAGAUAUUUAAAGACAGACGUGUAUACAGACAGCAGGAGGCAUGUGGGCUCUCUCUGAAAUGCGCACUGAAAUUGAGGAAGCGACUGACUAGCGAAAAGUAUAUAUAAAAAACUCGCGCUUCACCUCCGUGGACGGUUUGCCAGUGUUGGCUGUCCUCCCGAUCUUGGACAGCGGUCAGAGCCGGUUUCGAGGGAGCUGCCGAGAUGUUGUAACCAUGGACAGCAGAAUAAACGAAAAUCCAGGGAAGACGUUUGAUCUGGUUCUACAGGUGCGAUGUCCGGCUACAGAAAAUGAAGAUCCAGCGGUGUUGUGGAAGUUCCCCCAGGACUUCGAAGACCAGGUUGGCAACGAAGUGCUGCAGACUGUGCCCAAGUUUUGCUUCCCUUUUGACGUUGAACGGGUUUCCCAAAAUCAGGUCGGCCAGAACUUUACCUUUGUGCUGACAGACAUUGAAAGCAAGCAAAGGUUUGGCUUCUGCCGUCUGACCUCGGGCUGCAAGGUGUGCAUUUGCCUUCUCAGUUAUCUCCCAUGGUUUGAGAUUUACUAUAAGCUGCUGAACACACUGGCAGACUACUUAUGUAAACACCAGGAAAAUGACUUGAACGACAUGUUAAAAUCUUUGUACUGCCUCCCAGUGCCAAAGGCAAACAGCCCCGUCAGUCUAAGUGUGAACGAGCAGUUGCACAUUGCCACUGGGCAGGUUGUGAACAAGCCCCGAAGCCCGAAGCCGCAUUCGUACUUCAUAGCUCCUGAUAUUAAUGGACUUCCUACCAUUCCUGAAAGUAGAAACCUGACUGAAUACUUUGUUGCUGUGGAUGUGAAUAAUAUGCUGCAACUCUAUGCCAGUAUGCUGCAUGAACGACGAAUAAUUAUUACCUCAAGCAAGCUUAGCACUUUAACUGCAUGCGUUCACGGGUCCGCUGCCAUGCUGUAUCCAAUGUACUGGCAACACAUUUACAUCCCUGUGCUUCCUCCACAUCUCCUGGAUUACUGCUGUGCCCCCAUGCCGUAUCUCGUUGGAGUCCAUCUCAGUUUGUUGGAGAGAGUUAAGAGUAGAUCCCUGGAAGAUGUGGUCAUCUUAAACGUUGAUACAAACAUGCUGGAAAGCCCUACGGAUGACCUACAGAACCUGCCAAGUGAUGUGAUCUCCACGCUGAAGAGCAAGCUGAAAAAGCAGUCGACAGCGACAGGCAACGGGGUGGCCCGGGCCUUUCUCCGGGCUCAGGCCGCCCUUUUCGGAUCCUAUCGAGAUGCCCUGCGAUACAAACCUGGAGAACCGAUCACCUUCUGUGAAGAAAGCUUUGUGGCACAUCGCUCCAGCACUCUGAGAUGCUUCCUGGAAAUGGCCGUCAACCUCCAGCUUUUCAAACAGUUCAUCGAUGGCAGGCUGGCGAAAUUGAACGCAGGGCGAGGCUUUACGGACAUCUUUGAGGAGGAGAUCACGGACGGGGGCUUCUGUGGGUCUAAUUCAAGAUCGUAUCAGCAAUGGAUGCAAACGGUGAAGAAAGGGGGCGCUCUCAUAAACACUGCUGUCACAAAGGCCAGUCCGGCUGUAAAAACUGUUUACCGAUACGCCAAGAGCCACGCCAAGCAGGGAAUAAAAGAAAUGAAGAGCAGGCUGAAACAAAGGGAUGAUGACGAUGGUCCUGUGUGUGUAGGCUCUCCUACCAGCACAAGAAGCCUCUCGCCCAAGCGGCUGCAGAAGAGGAGUAAGCAUUACUCGAAGUUCCCCAUGGGCUGUUCCGAAUUCGCCCUAGAUGAUGAUGAACUGGACACAGCCAGCAAGAUCUCCUCUGAGGAUAGUGCAGACGUUCCUUCACAGGACAGUGACGACUCGUACGAGGUCCGCUCUGACUUGCAGGAUUCCGGUCAGAUGAACUUGCUGGAAGAGAUUCUGGACACCCUGAGCAACACCAGCCUCGACCAGGGCAGGCUGUCUGGGGCCAAGAGUCUAGAUUUCUUCCGGUCUAUGGAUGACCUCGACUACAAGGUGCCGAACAAGUCCAACCCCCCCAGUGAGGGGAACCUGGCUCAGCUGUGUCCCAAUAGUGGUAAACGAGAGAGCUGGAACCUGGGGCAGGACGACAGCUCCAUCCACGGGAAGCAGCUGCCCCCCUCUCCUCGCAGGCAUACCAGUGCGGGGGCCAGUUACUUUUGCGACACAAUCCCUCUGGUGGAGCCCCCACCUUCAGCCGAUGCGGCCCAUGAAAAUAGCCUCCAGGAACAUCCUACGUCGGACCCCCCAGGCCCCGAGCUUCAGAGGGGGAGCGGGGUCCUGCUGAGGCGGAGGGUGCUCUCCAAGCGGACCCCCCUGAAGCAGUACCAAGAUCGUGUGCCGCAGGAGGACGGAACCCGGUUGAUGCCACGACAGCCGUCCAUGCUGGUGGCCUGGGAGAAUGUAAGCGAGCAGGGCGAUACACCUGCUCAGGCUGUGGAGGCUGUGGAGAAGGGGCUGCUGAUGGAGACGGAGGCCGUCUACCUGAAUAAAGCACCUCUCAGCACUGGUCUGCACUCCUCUGAGGUCAAGAGUGAUGUCUUCCACGAGUCUUGAAAAUGUUGGGGGGGGGGUCUUUGGGUUAGGGUUAUUCUUGAUCACUUUCAUUGUCCUUUCUAUUUAAUUAAUCACUUAAGUUUUUUGUUUUUAAUUAAGCGUGUGAGCAUGCUGGUGCUUGCGCUAAUUUCAUUUCCUGUCCUUACACUGGCCAAAUGUUAAUGUCCCUAAUAAAUUAGGUCUUGGGUAAAACUUGGGGGAUGAUACCUUCCAGCAGAAAGGGAAAUAUUGUUUCGGUUUAAAAGGGUUAAAAAGGGAUUUCUGUCACUGACGUCGUUAUUGUACAGAUUCAUUUUUGUUCUUUCCCCUUUUGGUUUACGUCGUGUAGUACUUGCACUGUAGGGUACUGUUGUCACUUCAAAGGUACAGAUAUAUCACUGUGUUCAAAUGAGCAGUCAAAUGAAGGCUUUUGACACAAGAUUAUUCAUUUAAAGCAUCUGUAACAGCUUCACCAGGCUUUGAGUCUUGCGUCAGAACUUGUGUCCUGUUCCUGUGCAGUCGUGUAAAUGCCUUAAAUAGAUCACUGUCACUUAAUAUGCAGCAGUUCCGAAACAAAGGAGCGACUAAUCACUUAAUAUUUGAAACUUGUGCAUAAUGUAAAAUUUUCGUCUCAUCCCGUCUGCGGCAAACCUUUUGUAAAGACAUUUUUAUUGACUAUCUGAUCACGUUUCUAUUUGAAGGUAAUUUUAGUGUCUCUCCUCAGGUUGUAUUCGUGCUUUGCACUGUGGGCUGUAGGGUUUUCCACGUAGGCGUGGAAAUGCAGACGCGAUCCGAACUCCCCAAGGAUAUGGGCCGAGGCAGAAUCCCUUUGUGGGACUCUCCUGUGUCUCAGGAGCGUGGGAGGAUAGCUGUGCUAGUCUUUUGGUACGCCGGCUGUAGUCUUGGUUCUGUGGGUUUCUUUUUCUUUCUUUUGCAAAUGAUACACCCCUUAUAUGACUUUCCAAGCUUCUGCCUACAGCUAGGAAACGUUUAAGUGCUUGAAUAUAACAUGAUAAGCAAUACGUUUAAAAUGACCCGGAUGUCUUGCACAGGUAAGGACGUGGUCUUGGAAAAUUAUGAAGUUCUCCUAUGGAGAGGAUGCAACCUAAAGCGAAAGUCGGUGAUUGCGGAUGUUAUGCAGUGUAUUGAUCCACCAGAGCUAUGUAGCCCACGCUGUUCGUGGUCAUCUGAGGCCCUCUGUCUGACCUUUUAUAUUACAUUUAGUUUCGAAAGACACUUUAAGAGUAGCUUUUGCCAUUAUUAUGCUGUAGUAAUGAUCUGGUCGUAAAGCAAUAAGUGUGUCACUAAUGACUUCAUUUGAACUGAUUAAUCACCAGAUGGACUAUUUUCCCCAGUUGUUCACUACCUUAUUCAUCGCCACCAGCAAUGAGCAUUUACAAUAGUACUGUCGCAUCUGUAUACUGUCUCGCAAGAAAAUGACUGUAUUUUCAAGUAAUGAAAAUGUAAUCUUGUUAAAGGAAACUAUAUUUUACAACCCCCCCCCCACUCACCACUUAUAAUAAUAUAAUAUAAUAUAAUAUAAUAGAAACAAGAUUAUUGUGUUGAUGUUUAUGGACAUACAUGAAUUUGUGUGACUAAAGGAACCAAAAUGAAUUAUUUAACAUCCAUCUUAAAAGUUACAAUGAGACAAAAUUAAAAUGCGGAAUCAUCUGUAUUAUAAAUAAGUAGCUUUGGUGUUUUGAAAGUCAUUUGGCAUAAUAACCAAUCAAAUGUUAAGCAUCUCUGUAGGUCACGGGAAAGUAAGCCUGUUUUAUUCCACUGGUACCUGGCUUUGUUUUUAUAUGUGGCUACACUAAUGACUUUUUAUGGUAGUAAAUGUUGCAGUUUUUGUCUGUAAACAUUGCAGUAAUGGGUAAUGUUUGAGUGUUAAAGUGUUUUGUACUUGUGAACGAUACUGUAUAAAGCAUGAAUACUGUAAAGUGUUGAGUUCCAGGCUGAGAGACGUGCCCUGACAUACAUGCUUUUCUUGACCAAGAACAAGUGUUUGCCAAUCAGUUCCCCAAUGAUAAUCUGCCAGAAGAAUUUGUGUAUAAACACAAAAUAAGUAUUAACUAAAAUGUUUUAUUGCGCUUCCGACUUAUUCUUAAAGGCAGUAAUUUCAGUGUUUUAUAGUUUUUUUUUUUUUUUUUCGUUUUUAAAAUUGAUCUGCCUGAAUAUAUUCUGGUGGCAUAUUCCUGAUGCUGCUUUUAAGAAAUUAAAAAUAUAAGAUAUGAUGAUGCAGAAGCAGUCCAUGUUAUUAGUUUUUACCCCAUAUUCAUAUCAUUAGCAGUCAUUGUUUACAUUGCAAGUUAACCAGGUUGCCAUAUAUGUACGUAUUUUAUAUACUUUUUUUUCCUCUGUCAAAAAAUUGCAACAAUAUAUGUCCUGCUCUUUUCGCUAUAUUGAUAUUUGUUUACACCAAUCAGUAAAUUUUAAUGCCUAUAAUUAAUGUUCAUAUUAUACGUUAAUAGUUGAUAACGGUGUAUCUUAAUGCAGCAUCUACUCGUGUAGUGUGUGAAUUUUUUUUGUUGAUGUGUCGUUCAUCAUACCAUCAUUUGUAUAUUUCCAUGUUCAUUUCAUUUGCUCGGACUCUGGUUUGGUUGCUGCAGAUCAUCGUAUUUACAGAAAUAACACAUGGUCCUCUAGGGUGGAGGGUGAGGGUAAGACGUUUAAAGAGUGAGUGAAGCAAUUUUAUUACUGACGCUGCAAGAUCCUCAUUUCUCAGUAUGUUUCCAUAACAGGGUUUUAUUUGCCAGUAAACAUUCCCUCAAAUGAUUGGUUCCUCAUUAAAACUUAAAGCAGCAGCAGCAGAAGGCUUUGUAAUUCACCAGGAACAUUUUACUACUUAUAGAAAUUAAUUUAACUUCUUGGACGAUACAUAAUGCAUUGUGGACAGAGAUUGUUCUCUUUGCGUUAUGUUCCAAGUGCUGUACAGAACAUUGGUGACACUGUGUGAUGCUCACUAGACUGUUUUGUCAUUUUUUUUUGCCGCUUGCAAGAUAAUUUAAAAUUUUAUUUAAAAUGUUGACUUUAACAAGAGGUUGCAAUCAUUGAGCACUGCGGUACAGAUGUUGAAUCAGAACCACUGUGAAUAUUAAUUGUAUAUGCUGACCAUAUUGCCUAAUGGUUGUUAGUCAUGUGUCCACAUCCAUGAGAUGCAAGGUUCAUUCCUUAAAAAUUGACAGUACUGGCAGAUAAAAAAUGUUGUUUAUACUGUGAGUGUACAUACACACAGACACAUAUAUACACACACAAUGACGAUUCACCCAUCAAAAGCCAGCAUUCCAAAGGCUGUUCUGUUCCUCUUAAUUACUGCAUAACUUGGUUCACACUUGCAUGUCCUCCAGAAAUAACUAUGGUAAUACAACCUGACAAAACAUUGUGUUGUUGAGCAAAUAGAACAACUGAAUAUCUGGUAGCUACUCACUGUGGGAAAAAUAAAAACAAAAUAUGGAUGUUUAUGCAA